AGAAUGCCUAACAAAGCGACGCUAGCAUUUAUGGUUGUGUAUGGGAUCAUAAUGCAUUGCAAUGUCUACGGUUCACCGGCUGGAGUGAAGUACCCCGAAUUCAGGGUUGACGAUGAAGCGUAUGAUGAAGAGGGAAACUCGCUACCGGAUCUGACUUAUCAAACUGAUCGAAAUGGCAUCCGAAUUCCUUCAUCGGUCAUUGAUGAUGUAAACACGUUAUACUAUCCACCGGAGAAAAGAACAGAAAGGCACGCUGAUGCGAUACUUCAUAAACGCCUAAGGGAAUUGUUGGCACAGGAAAUAACAAAAGAAUUCGUUCACUCCCUCCUCCGUAAAAAGCGCGAUGGUGGCACCAGUGUUGAGAAGGAGACAGAGCCCCUGUCAAAGCGGCAUUCCGAUGGCAUCUUUACCGACAGCUACAGCCGUUACAGGAAACAGAUGGCUGUCAAGAAAUAUCUGGCAGCCGUCCUGGGGAAAAGCCCGGAAGAUAUUAAUAUUGACCACAUUAUCGACGACAUAGGCAUUGAUGCUCUGUUUAGGCUGCUGGAAGGGGAUUAUGAUAUUGGUUUGGGAGAAUUGCUGCAGCAGAUCUCCUUGUCGGCAAAUUGACCCAGGAUGCAGCUUGCAGCUUUGGUGCCUUGAUUCGUCAUUUAAAUCAACAUGAAUUACAGAGGGUUUCUUUUUCCUUGUUUUAUUUUUUAAAAAGCGGCCCUACAUUGCUGCAACACAUCAGCUUACAU